AUGCACAAGAAUAUCCUUCUUUUCUCUGCCUUCGCCCUCCAAGCGUCGGCCCUGAAUGAGACUAUCUCAGGCUACAAAUAUUUCUUAUCCGGUCCCAAAUUGGGCCAGACGAAGACCGAGUACGAGCACGCAGCAGCAGAAAAGGCCCUAUCUUUAGUUGAGGCGCGUCUAGAUGGGCCCCUACCUGCUCUUCCCGAGGACAGUGUUGCUGCCAUUCUGAAGCUCAAACAAGAUAUCGGUACCGACGAACUCAAGGUGCUGCUAGCGCCCGACCAGGACGAUGCCGACAAGUUCUGGCAUGACGUGAUCAGCAGGUCAGGCGACGGAUGGGUACCUGCCGAUGCGCGGGGCGUCGUUUUCUUACCAAACGUUUCGUUUGCGCAGUUUGCGGCUUGGUACGCGUCGCCGAACGCAGAUGCUGCCAACUUGGCCGCCAACCCCGAGCAUUAUGCGAAGGACACGGUGACGACCCCCACGGGUCUUUCGUCCGAGAUCCUAGAGGGUUGGGGAGGUGUGACCACCAACUUCACCAUUCCCAACUUCAACGCGCCAGACCGAGCUAAAGACCCAUUCCUACGGGAAUUGCCCGAGUUCCCCGUCCAACAAGCUGGCGACAAGGUCCUGCGCGACGGAACUAGGUUCGGUGCUCUGCAUAUCUCUCUCCGUCCCGUGAAGGGCGCGGACUACGGCCAGUCGAUUGAUGGCUUCGAGGUGUACUCGACCGUGUGGUACCAGGAUGGUGCUGAGGAUGACCACUUGGAGCAGGAGCGCCGCCAUAUGGUCAUUGAGAUUGUCAACUUGACCCUCCAGGCCCAGAAAGAUAUCGAGAGCGGCAAGUUCUCUCCUUAA